AUGCUGUCUGAUGCUGUCCAUGCAUGUCCAUGGCUGUCCAAGCAUCGUAUGAUGAUACUUGAACAUAACCUUGCAGCAUGCUUGAAAUAUAACGUAAAAUAAGUUACAUACAACACAUUAAUGCAUAUAGUAAUUGUUACGUAUAUAAAAUAUAAAAAUAUUAUCGCUUAAUUACGAUGGAGGAAUAUCCACCUAUUAAUGUACGUUUAGCUGUGAAUAGAGUCAAUCCAAACUUAAUCAGAAGUGAAGAAAUUCAGCCGCGAAUAUAUACACCAGGAGAAGAAAUAUCUAGUCAACCUGACUUUUUGAGAGGUCACGGAACAUAUGUAGAUGAUGAAAACACAUUACGUGCAUCCGUAGCUGGUGUGUUAGAAAAAGUAAACAAACUUAUAUCGAUAAGACCGUUGAAAGCACGUUACCAGGGCGAAAUAGGAGAUGUUGUUGUUGGCCGAAUAACUGAAGUACAACAAAAACGAUGGAAAGUUGAUACAAAUUCCAAACUUGACUCUGUACUGUUAUUAUCCAGCGUUAAUUUACCUGGAGGAGAAUUGAGGAGAAGAUCUGCAGAAGAUGAACAAACUAUGCGAAGGUAUCUCCAGGAAGGAGACUUAAUUUGUGCAGAAGUACAAAGUACUUUUGUAGAUGGCUCGCUUUCAUUACAUACUAGAGUCUUAAAGUAUGGUAAAUUAUCUCAGGGUAUAAUGAUAAAAGUUUCACCAGCCCUCAUAAAACGAAAGAAAACACAUUUUCACAAUUUGGAAAGUGGUAUAAGUUUAAUAUUAGGAAACAAUGGUUAUAUAUGGAUUGGAGCUAGUAAACAAGACACUGAUAGAUCAGAGGGAGGCUUUACUCAAGAUUUAACUAGAAUUCCACAGGAGAAUCGUGAAGUUUGCGCACGACUGCGUAAUUGUAUUUUAAUUUUAGCGCAAUGUAAUCUGCAACUAACGGAUACAUCUGUCACAUAUGCUUACGAAGAGUCUAUGAAAUAUAAAGUAAAUGAAUUAUUAGAACCGGAAGCAGCAUUUGAUAUAUCAUUAUUGACUCAUCAAAGAUUUUCACAAUGAUCCCAAAUUAUAUAUAACUACAUGUUACUUAACAUAUAAACAGAAGAAUAUAUAUUUUAUAAUUUCUGAUGUAAUCUUUUAAUUUGAGAUACACAGUAAUAAAAACUUUUUAGAAGUGUCUAAUAAAAUUUUAA